UAUAAAUACCUAAAGCAAGGGGCACCACUGUUGUUUUUCCAAAGUCUUUUGCUGCUCACUAUCACUCAACAUUGCUUCAUCUUUCGACGUUCUUCAUCACCAUCUCCUCACGCUUGCUCAAUCUCGCUUUACCAAUAAGCAGUAGUGGCCUUGACAACCGCGGCUUUACUCCUUUUCGUUUAGCUCUUGUCAUAUUCUCAUGCUAUCUUUCCUUACUGCUUGUGCUGCGCCCUUUCUUUUCGUCUUCAUGCGUUACUCCACUCGACUAGUUCUUAUUUCUUCACUUCUUGUGCUAUGCUCGGUUCUUGCCCUUUUCGUUUUCAAGCGUCACUCCGCUUGUCAUUGCUCCCUUUUGGUUCACUGCUUGUCAUUUUCCCAACCAUUCCCUUUUCGUUACCACUGUUCCCUUUUCGUAACCGCGGUUUCCUUUUCGUCACUCAUCCAAAAAGGGUUUGUCACUGUCAUUUUGCUUCUUUCCCUGCUUAAUCGUGUCCGACAUAGGUUUAUUAGACAGAUACGUAGCAUAGGUACAUAGUUAUGAUCUAGCGGAGUAGCUACAUUGUGUGGUGUUUCUAUUUUCUUGGGUAUACCCUAAACGGAUUGCCUCUUCUUCAAAAAGUGCUAAGCGACGUUGUCGGAUAGUGUCAAGAUUCAAAGAGUUAUA